UCUGGCUGACAUCUGGCUGGCUCACCAGGAAGAACAGGAAAAACUUUCUUGCUGCUGUUUCGGAAUCCUUACCCAGCCCGCUCAGGGCACCUAGGCCUGCAGGGCUUCUCCCCUGCCAGAGCAGAUGCAGACACUGUCCCGGAGACGGGUCUAGGACCAGAAUGCCAUACGCAGCGGGAUUACAGGAUCGCACGGCAGCAAGACAGACUGACGGAGGCACGGCCCUGUCUGGAAGGCUGUGAGAUGGUCAGAAGGGCAAGAAGCAUAAGGCGGGAGCCCCUGGUGACUCUCCACGAGGUGCCUUCUCAGAAGCAGCCCCUGGUGCGAGAGGCAGGUGGACGCUGGGAAGGACAUUUAGAACAAUGGCACACUCAUGAAACUGCCGAGGCUUGCCGCAGCGGGGCAAACCCGCUCCCAUCACAGGGGAAGCCUGGACUCGAGCAGCCCCCUGCCCAGGCAGCCUCGGAAACAGGGCACCAGCCCCAGAAAGCACAAAGCAAGGUCUCCCACACUCGCAAAGCAAAUAUAAAUGCCAACAACAGAAACAUAAAAGACAAUCAAAGUUUUCAGUCUGCAGACCCAUCUUCCCAGCCGGAUCCUACUGAGCUCCAGAAGCCCAGGAUCGUUCUGCCUUGGUGGUGUGUUUAUAUAGCAUGGUUCUUGGUCUUUGCCACUUCCAGCAUAUCCUCAUUCUUUAUUGUAUUUUAUGGACUGACUUACGGCUAUGAAAAGUCCAUCGAAUGGCUCUUUGCAUCGUUUUGUUCAUGCUGUCAGUCAGUUUUUCUGGAGCAGCCAUCUAAAAUCCUACUUCUGUCAGGCUUCAGGACAACUAAGACCAAGUACUGUAAAAACCUUUCAUGGGUAACCAAGUAUCGCUAUACCAAGAUCAAGCUGCACAGCACGCAGCUGAGCCCAGACGAGAUGCGCAGGCUCCAUCAGUGCAUCCUGCAGGUCCGUGGCUCGAGGAUGUACCAGCCCCUCACAGAGGAUGAGCUCAGGAUAUUCCAGAGAAAAAAGAGGCUCAAGAAGAGAGCUCUCCUGUUCCUGAGCUGCAUUCUCACUCACUUCACCUUCCUGGCCCUCCUGUGGACACUGGUUGCCCUCCUGCACCACACCGACAGCUUUCAUUACAAUCAGUUCAUCCGCAGUCAGUUCUCCAUGGAGCUUGGAACGGUGACCAAGGUGAAGGACAUCUACAGCUGGCUGCACAGUGUGGUGUUGCCUUUGUUCCACAACGACCUGAAUCCAACGUUUCUUCCCGGCAGCUCCUCCACAAUCCUUGGGCUGCCACUGAUGAGGCAAGUAAGGGCAAAACCCGGCGAAAAAAUAUGUCUGCCUGCCAAAAACUUCAUGCAAAACAGCAUCGAAAGAGAAAUCCAUUGUCACCCCAAGUACGGCACUGACCCAGAAGACACAGAAAACUACGCCAGCUUUUGGCAGAGGGUUGUCAGGAGGGCUGCAGGCAAGAAUACCGCAGGGUUUACUUAUAAGCCGCAAGAAAAGAAAUGGGUGUAUUCUUCCCACGGACUUUUACAUACCUACGGGUCAGGAGGGUAUGCGUUCUAUUUUUUUCCCGAUCAGCAGCAGUUUAAUUCCACACUGAGGCUUGAGGAACUCCAAGCAAGCAAUUGGCUUGAUGAGAAUACAUGGGCUGUGAUUUUGGAACUAACAACUUUCAACCCAGAUGUAAAUCUGUUCUGUAGCAUUUCAGUCAUAUUUGAGGUUUCUCAGUUAGGCAUUGUAAACACAAGCCUAUCCACACAUUCUUUCUCACUUGCUGAUUUCAACAGAAAGACUUCAGCAGAAAUCUACUUGUACGUGGUCAUUCUCAUUUUUUUUUUAGCCUACCUCGUGGAUGAGGGCUAUGUCAUUCUGCAAGAAAAGGCCUCCUACAUGAGAAGUGUGUACAAUUUGCUCAACUUUGCUUUAAAAUGUAUAUUUACUGUGUUGAUCGUGCUCUUUUUCAGAAAACACUUCUUGGCCACUGGCAUAAUUCAGUUUUACUUGUCAAACUCUGAGGAUUUCAUUCCCUUUCAUGUAGUUUCUCAAGUAGAUCACACCAUGAGGAUCGUAUUGGGUUUCCUGUUAUUUCUGACGAUUUUGAAGACCCUCAGGUAUUCCAGAUUCUUCUAUGACGUGCGUCUGGCUCAGAGGGUCAUCCAGACCACUCUCCCCGGCAUCUGCCACAUGGUGUUAGUGGUAUCCACGUAUUUCUUUGUGUACACGGCAUUUGGCUACCUGGUAUUCGGGCAGCAUGAAUUGAACUACAGUAACGUCGUUCACGCCACUCAGACAAUAUUCUCUUAUUGUAUCUCUGCCUUUCAGAACACUGAGUUUUCCAGCAACAGAGUCCUCGGAGUCCUAGUCCUCUCAUCUUUCCUGCUGGUGAUGAUCUGUGUAUUGAUCAGCUUAUUUCAGGCAGUGAUUUUGUCUGCCUACAAUGAAAUGAAACAGCCCCUGUAUGAGGAACCAUCCCAUGAAGCGGAAGCAAUGACCUAUCUGUGUCACCAGCUAAGAACUAUGUUUGGCUUUCUGUCCUUCCCAUCACAGGCCAGAGAUGAACCUGAGUUCUUUGCUGACAUGCUGUAUGGGCAGCCAGAGAAGAACAGCCGCCGCUAUCUGGGGCUGAAGACCAGAAACAUCAACGGAAAGAAAAUGGUUUAUCUCGUCGUGUGAUCGGUGACAGUUUCAAGAUCUACAGGCAGGUUUCCCCAGGUGCUCAGUUUGUGGGAUUAAGGAAUGUUUAGUGCUCAGUCAUGCUUUCUACCCACUUCCUUCACAAUGCACACCCCUACACUCGCAGGGAUCCCCAACUCUUGGCCUCUACUCUGGGGAAUGUGAAAGGAGGGUGUCUGAGAGUGGUGUGGGGUCUGGGGAGAGGGGAGGACACUGCUUGUCCUGGGUUGAUUUUCCUCUGGAGGGGAAUUAAGUGUCUUUGGAGCCCACAACAGUUUAAAGGGUUAGAGAGCCAGAUUCGGGGGAGGCCACUAAAGAGCCCCCCAGCCCACCUCACGGGGGAGAAGCAUUCUCCUGCUCCUCUGUAUCCCCUCGGGCAGGGAGCCCAGUGCUUGUGGCUCCGUGCAGAGCCCCCCACUCCCUCUGGGAGUUCCCUUUGCAGACCUGGGCUGUGGAGCCUCCCCCACACUCCUCACCUCCACCGGCCACAUGCCAACUGGGCCAGGGCUGGAGCCAUCUUGUGGGGAGUCCCAGGAUUUUUGCCAUCCUGCUUGGGAAUGCAGGGAUGGGAACCAGGGUUAGAAGGCUGAACAUUCCCAUCUACUACUUAGGGCUACUGCAAGUUAAUGAUUCAGUACCAUUUUCUGACCAUGAGACAUGACUUUUGUUAAAUAAAAAUGUGAGUUCACACUGAAAGAUAUUAAAUCUUCUAUAUAUUGGAUAAAGCAAUAUGUACAUCCAGGAUUUGGGCUUCUAGUUAUUUAUGGCAUUGUGGAUUACUCAGGAGUAAUAAAGAAAAUGUGGUUUAUUGUGUAAGAGAAACGGCUA